GAAUCCACCAGCGAGCCACCCGCUUAAGUUGACUCCGCUUCCCAGAGCGGGCGGCCGAGGCCGCGCUCAGGACGGGGCGCGGCGCCGGGUGGCCGGGGUGUCCCCGAACCGCGAGUGACCAACAGCAAUCGGGGAAGCACUGAGGAACCGUAACGGGAAAGCCCGCCCCAAAUCUGAAACGGGCAGCCCACGAACUCCCCUGAGCAGCCCGGAACCGCCGACGUCGGAGGCCGAGUCCCCCGGUGGGGUUCCCCCCCGCCCCAAGCCUCUCCCGCCCCCGGCCCGGGCGCCGGGCGCUCUGCCUCCCCGAAGGGGAUGUCCGCCAGGCUGAAUCCCUUGGCACCGUACGCCUGGCGGACCUCGCCGCAGCUCCGAGCCUUCACAUCCGCGCCGGCCGGGAGGGACAGCAGCAGCCCGGAGAGGGGAAGAAUCACAGCCCCGAUCCAAGAAGGCAUGGUGCAACAUGCAAAUCCAGCUCGGUGAACCCCGGGACCCGUGCGCUCUUCACCUUGCCCCUCAAGCCGAAAGCCCGCCAGAGCCGGCGGCGCGCUCCUCGCCGCUGCCCAGCGUCACCCCCUUCCGCCAGCCGAGGGGACGAGCAGCGCAGCCCUCUGGACUACGCUCAGCAAACUUUUAUAAGCCUGAUGGAGGAUGGCAAGCCAACCAGGGCGGGCUGGGAAAGCAGCCGCCUUGCUGCUCUGGCCCCCCAGACCGAAAACGGUGCAAUAAAAAACGAGAAAGAGGAGGAAAAGAAAUGUUUAGAAAACCACCAUGGGGGUUGAGAGCUGCGACCCGAGUUCCGAGCCGCAGAAUUCUAGCGCGCGGCGAGCUCGGCUCGCGGGAGUGUGCGGCGAAGGUGGGGACGCGCGCCGGCUCUCCCGGGAGGGAGAUGGACACAAGCGGCCGCGAGGGUGUGCGCGCGCGAGUGUGUGUCGGUGUGAGCGCGGGGUUCUUGGGGCUGCGUGUGCGUGGAGGUAUGUGUUGGGGAUAUACGGGAUCCAGGGGAAACCUCAGCUUCACACAGGCUGAGGGAGCCUGUGAGAGUCCUCCUGAAAUAGGGAGAAAUCCUGGAGACAGACACUGGAGGCAAGAGGGAAGGAAAAAGGAGGGGCGGGAGAGAAACGUGCUACACAUUGCACAGCCGAAAUUCAGAGGCAGAGUCGAAGGCAAAACCUGGACUGGAUUUCUUUCUACUCGGUAGAAGAAGGGAGGGGGAAAAGAAAGGAAAGGUUCGUAUUUUCUCAGUCCCUGAACAUCCUUCCUACUGAUCCGAAAUGCUACCUUUAAAUGCCAUAACAAAGUCAUCUAGACACAAAAAGCAUUUUUAAGUCAUUAACUUACUUUACUAAACUAUAUUUUUGUGGACGUAAAGGACAACACAAUUUCAAUUGUUGCUCUAAAUAUGAGAAACAAUUCACGACCUACUGAAACCCAAAGCCAGCGUGGAAAUGAACAAUUAUAGGGGAAAUGCAAAUAGCAGGGCACAGUCAUUACUCUAAUUGCUGGUCUCAUUUCUCUUUGACUUUGUUUUUAUUUUGUAAACGCAGUUCAGGCACACAUUAGAGACCAGUAGUUUUUCUUAUUUUCAAAUUUUGGGUUCUGGACUCAAAAAUGUCCCCUUUUUCAAUUUCAAAUAUUACAUACUCUUGGAUCAGAAAUCAUUAUCUUAGGUUUCUAGUGUGUGGAGGAACAGGAAAGCUAAGGAGAAGCAGAACAAGGAAGCAGUGAGAAAAUGAGAGAGCAGGGGUCUUUGGGGUACAUGAAGGAAGACAUUGGGGAGGGAAGUGAGGUCUUCCUUCCCUCUCUUCAAAUACUCUCACAUACUAGACUUACUGUUUUCUUCCAAGUUAACAGAAUUCUCAAGUGGAGAAUCAAUUCACUUAUUUCUUCCUGUCUUAUACUCAAGUUCUGUGAAAUGGGAUCAAUAUGAAAAUUCUUAUCAAUCUUCUUAUGUUAAUGAACUCUGCUAGGCAGAAUUAUGUGUUGAAACCCAAAGCUCAUGCAGCUACUGGGGUAGUUAAAUCCAAGACCAAAAAA